GGUUAAUCUGUCGACUGCGCUAGGGUUUGGCAGUUGCGUCUCAACACGUCCAAGCCUUUUCGCAUGCCGUAAAACGUCACUUUAAAUAGCCUGAUCCCCGCCACUCCCAUUGUCCCGACUCCUGCCCUUACCUCAGUGCUCCUACUCUACCAUCUUCUACUCCCAUUCCGUUUGUCCAACUGAGAAACCGGGCUAACCGACGCCAAUUCCCAGCAAACAUUUGUCAUAUUGCUCCGAGCAAGUAAAAUAACUGUUUAUUUCCGGGCCCUCAUCCCAACAAAAAGUAUAAGUAUUUCAGAAGGGAGAAAGUGCUACAAGCCAAGGGGGAUCAUUACAUUUUCCUUGAAAAUGCAGAAAAUUGGCGAUGAUCGAGAGGCCGGAUAAUAAUCUUCAAAGCAGACUCCAACCCAUUUUCAUAAUCAAUUUGGAUUAUCUCUGAUGGCGUCGCCGGUAUAGAGUUCAAUUGCUUAUUCUACAGGGGACAUACCGAAAUAUUCCAGGGGCGGUAAGAGUUUCCGCCUUUUCACACUGCGGCGAAUAGGCCUACCUGCUUGAAAGAUCAAACGGAGAAUGUUGACCUUGCUCAGGGAGCUCAGUGACUGGGUCUGGCAGGACCGGCUGUGGUUCCCAGCGGGCCUGGGUUGGGCCGACCUCAAGGACCGGGAUGGCCAAGUCUUCGCUAAAGGAAGGGAUCUCUGGGUCAUCUUCCCCAUCGCAGUAUGCUUCCUGAUUAUCCGACAGAUAUUUGAGAGGACCGUAGCCGUUCAACUUGCCUCUUUACUUGGAGUGAGGGAGAAACCGCGUGUCAGAGCUGCUCCCAACAUCACACUGGAAUCCUUUUUCUGCAAUGCAUCAAAGUUCCCCUCACAGAGUUCAGUGGAGGAGUUAACUAAACAGUCGGCCUGCUCGGUGCGGCAGGUCCAGAGGUGGUUCCGGCGGCGGAGGAACCAGGAACGGCCGAGCCAGAUCAAGAAGUUCCGGGAAGCCAGUUGGAGAUUUACCUUUUACCUUCUUGCUUUCAUUGCUGGCCUGGGUGCCCUAAUUGAUAAACCAUGGUUCUAUGACAUGGAGGAGAUGUGGAAUGGCUUCCCCACACUGCCACUGCUGCCUUCUCAGUACUGGUACUACAUGAUUGAGCUGGGAUUCUACAUAUCACUGCUCUUCAGUGUGGCAACAGAUAUCAAGCGCAAAGAUUUUAAGGAGCAGAUUGUUCACCAUGUGGCCACUAUUCUGCUGAUCAGUUUCUCGUGGUUGGUCAACUACAUCCGUGCCGGGACUUUGAUCAUGCUGGUGCACGAUGCCUCAGACUAUCUACUGGAGUCAGCAAAGAUGUUCAACUAUGCAGGAUGGAGAAAGACCUGCAACUACAUCUUCAUCCUGUUUGCAGCUGUGUUCAUCCUUACCCGCCUCGUCAUACUCCCCUUCUGGAUCAUACAUACUACGUGGGUGUACCCAUUGACCCUCUAUCCCCCUUUCUUUGGGUUCUACUUCUUCAACGGGCUGUUGUUUGUGCUGCAGUGUCUGCACAUCUUCUGGGCUGGCCUCAUCCUGCGCAUGGCCAUCAAGUUCCUACCCGGAAAUGAUAUCGUUGAGGAUGAGAGGAGCGACAGGGAAGAGACUGAGUCAGACGAGGAGGACGAAGACCAUGAGAAAAUGAAAAAUGGAUUUGUGCAGAAUGGCAAUGGCCACACAGUGCAUAACAACAACCACCGCCACAGCAAAAUGGAGUGAUUUGUUACAGAGACACCAAGGAGGAUGUGUCUGGAAAGGGGAAGAGCAACUCUCACGCGGCCUAGGCCAUGAGGCCAAAGUAGGGCAGAAUGGAAGGUGGAAAAGCCACACACACACACACACACACCGCUGAAUGAUAUAUACACAAAUAAUGCUAAAGAUUACACUCCUUACGAGGCCCAGAUGGGUUUCACUGCUCUGUAGAUCACACUAGUUGAAGGAGGGGGGAGUUCAGGAAAGACUGCAAUGGAAACAAACUGUGUGCAUGGUCUAUGAGCUGUCCAGUGCCUUAGCAACAAACUGUUAUUCCCUAUUAUUUCUAUCCAUCCCCCUCUAUUUCUUACUGUUCUCUGAGUCCUUACAUUGCAAAUAAUUCACUAAGGCAGGAUUUCCCAAAUUGGGUCCUGGGUCCUGUGUUGGUUAUUUGAAUCAGCUGUGUAGUGCUAGGGCAAAAACCAAAACGUGUACCCAGGUGGGGCCCCAGGACCGAGUUUGGGAAACCCUGCACUAUGGUGCCUAGCCGUACUCGCAGCUUCCCAUCCUGAGUUAUGGAAAGCGAUAUAACUAAUUGUUGUUCACAGGGGCAUUCCCUUCCUGCAUGCUUGGUUAACGCUCUGAGUAUUGCUAGACUUAAACUUGACUGUUCAAAUGCUGCCUUCUCAGUACACUGACACCCGUCCCAGAUAAUGACACACUGAGGUAAAUGACAUGCCAUGUGCUAACACUUAAAACUGCCAAGAGAGAUGAGGUGCUCUUAAUGACCACAACAUGGUACAGGUCAGUGUAAGUGUUCAAAUCACCAUGUCAGACCACUAAAGCAUACAGUAGCGAUAAUGGAAAAUGAGUCUUUGUUUUUUGCACCUACCAUUUUGUUAUUGGAUUGUAGUAGAGCAGGCACUACUAUUGUUGUCAUGGCAUUCUUAUUCAACCUGGACUGUGCCAGUGUUGUUAAUGUUCUUUGGUAAAAUGUUGUUGAAAAAAAUAUGGCGGUUAAUAAUUAAGUUUUAACGGUUUAAAAGCUGGCAAGUUUGGUUUGCAUUGUGUGGAUAUUUGUCUUAGUUUAUGCCGGUCUCCAAAUGAAAUGGCUCUUGGGGAGCAGAAAGCACACAGCUUGAAAUAAUACUUUUUAAAUGUUUGUUCAUGUUUUGAAAAUAACUUUUUAGUUAUCAGAUUUGAUUUUGUUUUAUUUCUUUAUUUAAAAAGUCCAGUCACUGAUCCAGACACAUUUCAGAGAAAUGGUCCAACCUACCCAAACCAGUCCAACACUUAAUUCAACCAGACUGGAGGAGAAUAUAUUCAUUAAAAUCUGUAUUUUUCUGCCCAUUCGUCCAAAAAUGCACUUUAUGGGUUUCAGUUAUGGGUCAGCAUAGACCCAAUACAACAUAAAGCAAAAUGAACAUCCAGGCCAUACUGUAUGUCUAUUUGAGUGAGUUGGAUUAUGAUUGGGGUUUACAAUUACACUACAGUUUUCAUUUCUUAUUUAUUUCAUUUUGUAAAGCGUUUGGUUCAAUUCAUUAGGUUUUUUAAUAAAAUGGGACACCAAAGUAUGUUUUAUUUCAGUUUUGCAAGUGCCUUAUCUGUUAUGUGUAAAAAAGAAUCUCACAAUGUCUCUUUUUCAGUCUUUUUCAUUUCCUGUCUAGCAUCUUUCUCUUUCUUUAUUCUCCAAUAUGGACUAAUUGGUCACAGGUGGUACACUAUAUAGGAAAUGGUGUGCCAUUUGGGAUGCACUUGAUCUCCCUGCAGUGCUGUAACAUGUUAUUUGUUCCCCUUCACUUCUUCAUGUCUCAACGCAAAGACCAAUCCCUAUGACCCUCCCCCCUUCCCUCAAAAACGCUUUUCCCCUACUAGUGUUUUUAUUUUGUCAUAUUGCAAAGAUAUGAUAAAGGUUAUUGUGGAUGAAAUGGUUGUCUUCUGUGAUUUAUUUAUUUCUGAAUACGUUUUGUGUGUUGUCUGGUUCAAAGUACAAACCAUGGAAAUUCCGUAAAAUGACUGAAUGGUCCCGUCUGCUUUCCAUUCCUAAUUCCUCAUGCUAAUUAUAUUGUGUCACUAACCUUCCAUUGUCCUAAUGCGGGCUAGCUACAGUCAUAUCAGAUGGGGGUAAAGUUAAUUUGACUGAGUUGCCGUCUCAAGGGGAUAAUCUCAAUUGCAUACUCCUCGCGGCCUCUCUCCUUGCAUCCUUCUCAAAACCCAUUGGAGAAGGUCAGAGGGGAGGGACCUCUGGCUUUCUCUUACAAUGGGUUUUGAGAUGGAUGCAAGGAGAGAGGACACCAGGAGUAUGCAAUUGAGAUUAUCCCAGAGUCUCUGUUGGACGUAAAAGAAGCAGUGAUCACUGCUGCAUCCGGCUUCCCCAUCUUCUCUUAGUCAUCCUCCAUACAGCUUCGCGGAUCAAAUUAUAUUUUUCACUAAUCUCAUCCUCCAGUCGGCUCUCUUUUUCUGUCGAACCUACAUGCGGUAGCAAUUGAGCCUGGGAACGAGGUCACUUACUCACUAACAUUGCUGCCCCUUUUCUACUUACUUUAUUUGUACUUGGGCUAUUUCAGACAUUUUAAUUAGAACGAAUGAAUGCCUUUGGCCAUGUUAUUAAAGGUUUGUUUGCAUAACCAAAUGUUACUUCUCCUUUGAAGAUAAGAGUAAUGUUUCUCUGUUGGUGGUGGCUCCAGUAGUCUGGUUUAAAUUUAAAUAUGCACAUAAAUGCUAGAGAGUCAUUUAGCAGACGCUCUUAUCCAGAGCGACUUACAGUUAGUGAGUGCAUACAUUUUUUUUUUUUUCAUACUGGUCCCCUGUGGGAAAAGAACCCACAACCCUGGCGUUGCAAAUGCCAUGGGGGGGAAUACGUUUUGGAUCCUUAGGCUAGGCCUGCUUAACAAUGGUAUAGUUUGAAAAGCUUGUCAGCAUUUGAGUGGCUGCAGAUCUAGCCAAAAGAUAGUGGUUGGACUAUUGAAGAAUAUUGUUUUGAUAUUUCUUCUUAUCCAUAUGUCAAUGAAACCAGAUACCAUACUCUCUCUUAAGGUCUUCCUGACAGGGAAACAAAGGACAGGGGUAAUUGAUUCACAUGUGAACUCCAGGGAACAUUAUUCAACUCCUGUUAAACUAUUUAUAAAGGCUUUAGCGCCAGGGGGAGGUCGCAUGUGCCCAUGGAUGUGUGUGUUCCCGAGAGUGUAUGUGUGUCUGCCUGUGUAUGUGUAGAGUAUUUUGUGGGGUGCACAUUUUUCCUCUGAUUGUGACAGGGUGGGAGGAUGAAGAGAUCUGUAAUAGAAGGAUUGUGUUAUGUAAGAAAAAGCAAUAAGAGGGGAGCUGAAAUUGAGAGAUCCCUGAGAGCUUUGACAGGUGGGUUCAUGUUAAAAGGGGUUCGGAAAGGUUCUGUGAAACAACAGGGAGACAGAUAGACCUGUGCCAUUUCUUCAUACAUAUGAAAGACAUAAGCAGGGACGGUGAGUUUUAAUCUAUGUUUUAUGUUAUCAGAUUUAUUGGGAGUUAUGCUCUUUGCGUUUAAGAGGGAGAUUGUCAUUACUGUUUGUCAUUACUUGUAUAACCAUCAAAAUAGAAAUGUGUGUAUCUUAGUUGUUUAGUUGAGUCCAUUCAAAUGCUAUUUUGCCACAGUUGGAGCUUUUCAUAUGUGUACAUUUUUAUUAUAGGACUACUGCUAAGUACUUUGACUGUUUUGUGUAAACACAAACGAAAUGUAUUAAUCGAUAUGAACUAUAUCUCUUGUUGCAAUUUCAUAUUAACUGUAAAAAUUGUGUUAUGUUUAAGAUGCUUAAAAUAAACAAUACUUUUAUAUACA